AUGCCACCACGUGAAGAGAUCCCGACUAAAGGAUUGGAGGGUGCACCAAGUAAUGAUAUAGGUUGGCACUUUGGAACUCCAGUGCCAAAUGCGAGAGGAAGUAUCGUAUGUAAACUUUGUGGUAAAGUUGUGAAAGGAGGAAUAACACGACUUAAAGAGCACAUUGCUCAUAAAACCGGCAAUGUUGCACCACGCCCUAAUGUUACUGGUGUCAUUAGAGAAAAGGAGGAUGAGCACGAGGGAUUGGUUGAUGAGGUUUCUGCUAUAAGUCAAGCAACUCGAGAAAGUAUCCAAUCACAACACGAGUGGCAUAGAAGGGAAGAAUUCAGACGAAGUACUGGUGGUUGGGAUAACAUUUAUGAAGAAGGGCGAUCUUCUCAUGGAUUAGCUAGAGAACAUAAUAGAGAAAGAACAAGUAAAUCUAUCCCAGGUGAGUCUGAGUUUACCUUAAGGGGAGCUAUACCUGAAUUGGUUAGAAGCAAAAGUUCAAAGCAACCAAAGGUCAAUGACUCUUUUUUAAAGAGUUUUCGAAGGAAGAUAGGUGAAGCGGUAUCUAAAUUUAUAAUAUAUGAAAGACUUCCUUUUCAAUUAGCAAGCUCUCCAUGUUUGUAUAACUUAAUUCAAGUGGCAACAGAAGUUGGACAAGGUGUAAAACUUCCAACACCUUAUGAGGUUUCAGAUGUGUAUUUGGAGUCAGAGUAUCAACGAGUUCAUGAUUGGGUAAAUGUACUAAAGACUCAUUGGAAAGAAUUGUGUGCAACUCUAAUGUGUGAUGGUUGGACCAACAGUUUGAAUCAAAUGCACAUCAUUAAUUUCCUUGUUUAUUGCAGUAAAGGAACCAUUUUUUGGAAAUCGGUAGAUGUCUCAAGUGUCCGUAGUAGAGAUGCUGAAUUCUGCUACUGUUUGUUAGAUUCAGUUGUAGAAGAAAUUGGAGAAAAUUACAUUGUCUAA